AUGGAGAAUUUCUAUGGUCGCCUCCUGCUGUUGGGACUCUCAGCCUGCGCCGUGCAGUGCUUCACUGGGCACCCCUGGUGGCCCCACGACGCUGGGCGGGGCGCGCGCGGCGCGCGCAGUGCCUGGGGGGGCUUGACGCCACAGCAGCGACGAACGCCGGGAGGUGGUGCCCAACACCUGGCCGAGUUCCUCUUCGAAACCGCCCAGCUGACGCCCUGUCGCUACGUCGUCAACGGCCUGGCGAUCGUCGAGGCCACGGCGGAUCUGCGCGCGGGGCGCACGGAGAUCAGUGUGCAGCGGUCGCCCAAGGGGCGCAGCGUGCUGCAGAUGAGGUCGUUGGACGGCAGCUUCCAGUUGAAGUUGGAUGCCGACGCCAUCAGCACCAUUGAGCUGCAGGACUCCGAGGACACGGCGCCCGGGCUGAUGCGCUUCGUGGAUGCGCAGGGGCGGCGGCACCUGACGCUGCUGAUGCUCGGGGAGGACGUGGAUGCGCGGUUUCAGAUCAUGCUGGGGAGGUGGACCUCCAAAGUGAUGCUGAAGUGA